UGCUGCAUUUGUUAGUGGCGCAUUGAGCCUCGGGAUGUCUGGACGCGGGAAGCAGGGCGGCAAGGCGCGCGCCAAGGCCAAGACGCGCUCGUCGCGGGCGGGCCUGCAGUUCCCGGUGGGCCGCGUGCACCGCCUGCUGCGCAAGGGCAACUACUCGGAGCGGGUCGGGGCCGGCGCGCCGGUGUACCUGGCGGCGGUGCUCGAGUACCUGACGGCCGAGAUCCUGGAGCUGGCGGGCAACGCGGCGCGCGACAACAAGAAGACGCGCAUCAUCCCGCGCCACCUGCAGCUGGCCAUCCGCAACGACGAGGAGCUCAACAAGCUGCUGGGCCGCGUCACCAUCGCGCAGGGCGGCGUGCUGCCCAACAUCCAGGCCGUGCUGCUGCCCAAGAAGACCGAGAGCCACCACAAGGCCAAGGGCAAGUAGAAUCGUGGUUCAUCCUGCCACCCCAGCUCUUCCCAGUCUAACCAAAGGCUCUUUUAAGAGCCACCUA